UGCCAAGCUGCCAAACAAAAGUCAACAAAAAUAUUGAGCAUUUGUAAUGUUUUAUGUUGAAUUAUAAAACCCUAAAUAAUGGGAGACUAUAGCAGAUUUGUGUUAAAGAAGAUAUGUUGUACGUGUUUAAGCGUUGAUAGGAAGCUAAGCCAACUGUGCAAAUUAGAGGAUGGUGUAAACAACUUAUUUUUCCUACUUUCGUCCGAUUCUGAGGCAUACAAGGCAAUGUUCAGUAGAGACGCAACACAUCUGUUCAUUUGCUGGGAAUGCAACUCUUUUAUGAGGAGACAAAGAAAGUUUCGAGACCAAGUGUGCAUUGCUCAGAAACAGCUAUGUCAAAUUUUUGAUGAACAAAUUACUCCAAAAGCACAAAAUAGUCUUUCAAAAUUAGCUUGGAUCCAUAGGAACACUUAUGACAAAGAAUAUAUAUUUAAUGACAAUAUAAUAGACAAUUUUAUAGAUUGCGGACCAGAUAUAAAAGGUGAAACGGAACAAACACUACCCUUAAUUUAUAUAGAUAAGGAAUUAGCUAGCAUAAGUGACGAAGAUAUGACUGCAGAUAUUAUUGAUGAGAUAAAUGUAAUAGACAAUAAAAUAGAAAUUAAACCACUUCUGUUGAAGAAAGGGAAAUUAAAAAAAGAUAUUAACAAAAGAGUUUCGAUUAACAGAAAAGUUAAAAAACAAUCUACUUAUAACAAAGAAGAAGAUAUCAUAAAUAAGAAAGCAUUAGAAAAUAAAGUAGAAAUAAAAGCUCUUUUGUUAAAGAAUAGAAAAUUAAAAAAUGAUAUCAACAAAAGAAAAGUUGAUAAUCAGGAAAACAUGAUUUUAUUAGAAAAUGAAAUAGUAAUAGAACCGCUAUUGAUAAAUAGAGAACUAAAGAAUGAUGAAAUGAACAGGAGAAAAGUUAAAAACGGAGAAGAAUGUGUAAAGGAAGAGGGAUUUUCUAGAAUAAGAAUGACAGAGGAAGAGUUAUUGGAUAGCAUAGAAAAGAGAAAGUUAGAAGAAGGUUAUGUUAAUGCAUCAAACAAAUGUAAAUCAUGUGUUGACGUGUUUAAGGAUGAAAUUGAAUUAGAGGAACACAACAAAAGAUUGCAUGUACAGAAGCCGAAGUUUAUACAAUGUGACAUAUGUCAGGUAUACAUCAAGUUCUGGUGGCUGCCGGACCACAGAUCCGAGCAUUUCUUGAAAUACCAAUGCAACUUUUGCACCAAAGAGUAUUACACCGCCAUAGAUAUAUUGUUACAUUUGAAAAACAUACAUUCUAUGAGGAAUGCAAUAACACCGGGAAUGUUAAAAAAGCUCAAAAGAAAAGCAAUGCUGACGAAUCCAAUUCUGGCGCAAAAAAAGAAAGAACGCAAUAUUGAUAGAACUAGUGAAGAGUCCACCGUGGGGUUCAAAUGUUCUGACUGCAAUACGUAUUUUGAGAACAGAUAUCUCCGUUACAAACAUAUACUGAAGCUGCACCGGGAGGGUCACAAAUGCGCCACAUGCGGCAAGUCUUUCGCGUUCAAGAACACUCUGAAUAAACACGAGCAGAUCCACGGAGAACCUCAGCCCAUGGAGCAAUGCGCGACUUGCGGUAAAAUGGUCAGACGCGACCGCGUAAUCGCGCACGCGCGUAUACACGCCGCGCGCGCGACCUUCGAGUGCGUCGCGUGCGACAAGCGAUUUGUGUCACGCGACUCCUACGAGAAGCACCUCAAGUACGCCAGCAGUCACGCCGUGACCGACGUGCACAAGUACAAAUGUACGAUGUGCGAGAAGGGCUUCCGUACAAUGAGAGAGCUGAACGACCACGUAAACUACAACCACAUGGGCAAGACGCUAUAUAAAUGCCCAAUAUGCCAUAAGGCGCUAGCGACGCGCAGGUGUGUGACCCGCCACGUCAGUCGCGCCCACCAUGGCAUAAAGGAGAAGUCGGGCGACAAAAUACUGUGCCAGACCUGUGGGAAGGCUUUCCGGGAUAAGAAGUGCCUUCGCGAGCACGAGCUAAUACACACAGGCGAGAAGCCGCUGUCGUGCGACAUGUGCGGUCGCACGUUCAGACAGAGCGCGUGUUUGUAUACGCACAGGCGGCGCGUACACAAGGUGGCGCCAAAGAGGCUACAGGUGCAGCAUGCAGAGGCAGUGCGGGACGAACAGACUGAAAUACAUUGACCUAUGA